CUCGAGCCUCAAAAGAAUAAGGCGGAAGAGAGAGAGAGAGCAGAGAGAGAGAGAGAGAAAUGGGGAUUGAAGAGGUUAAAUCUCGAGAUAAUGUCGUGAUCAAAUCCCCAAACGACCGCCGAUCCUACAGAAUCCUCCACUUGCCUAAUGGCCUCUGCGCUGUCCUCGUCCACGACCCCGAGAUCUACCCCGACGGCGCCGAAGCUUCUAGAACCUCAGAUGAUGCCCUAGAUUAUGAUGACAUGGACGAGGACGAGGAUGAGGAUGAGGGUGAGGAAGACGAUGACGAGGACGAUGAUGAAGAGGAGGAUGAAGAGGAGGAGGAGGAUGAAGAUGAAGGGAUCGAGAAGAAGAAGAAGGGGAAGGGCGCUGCUCCCACUAAAAAGGCUGCUGCAGCAAUGUGUGUAGGAAUGGGAAGCUUCUCUGACCCUUCUAAUGCCCAGGGUCUUGCCCAUUUUUUAGAGCACAUGCUUUUCAUGGGGAGUUCUGACUUUCCAGAUGAAAAUGAGUAUGAUAGUUACUUGUCAAAGCAUGGGGGUUCAUCUAAUGCCUACACUGAAACUGAGCACACAUGCUACCACUUCGAAGUUAAUAGGGAAUACCUUAAGGGAGCUCUAAAAAGGUUUUCUCGGUUCUUUGUUUCACCAUUAGUUAAGGCUGAAGCUAUGGAGCGUGAGGUAUUAGCAGUGGAUUCAGAAUUUAAUCAAGUUCUGCAAAGUGACAGCUGCCGACUUCAACAGGUCCAAUGCCAUACAUCUAUCCCCAGUCACCCAUUUAAUAGAUUCUGCUGGGGAAAUAAGAAAAGUCUGGUUGAUGCGAUGGAAAAUGGUAUAAAUUUGCGAGAAGAAAUAUUGAAAUUGUACAGAGAAAAUUAUCAUGGGGGAAUGAUGAAACUUGCUGUAAUCGGUGGAGAGUCCCUUGACAUUUUGGAGGAGUGGGUAACAGAACUUUUCAGUGAUGUCAGAAAAGGUCAUCAAUCAAAGAUGAGCUCUAGGAAUGACAUGCCUGUUUGGAAGCCUGGUAAAUUUUACAGAUUAGAAGCUGUUAAAGAUGUUCAUAUCCUAGAAUUAUCAUGGUCAUUACCUUGUCUUCAUAAAGAGUAUCUGAAGAAGCCCGAAGAUUACAUAUCACAUCUCAUGGGACAUGAGGGAAGGGGAAGCCUGCUUUCUUAUUUAAAAGCCAAAGGAUGGGCAUCUUCAUUGGCUGCUGGUGUUGGCGAUGAUGGAAUGUGCCGCUCGUCUUUUGCGUAUGUCUUCGUGAUGACUAUACACCUGACAGAUUCAGGACUAGGAAAGAUUCCUGAGGUUAUCAGUGUGGUAUAUCAGUAUAUUAAAUUACUGCGGCAAUCUGCUCCGCAAGAGUGGAUAUUUAAGGAACUUCAAGAUAUUGGGAAUAUGGAGUUCAGGUUUGCCGAGGAGCAGCCCCAAGAUGAUUAUGUAGCUGAACUUUCAGAGAAUUUGCUUUUCUAUUCAGAAGAUCACAUCAUAUAUGGAGAAUAUGCAUUUGAGCAAUGGGAUCCAAAAUUGAUUGAAUCAGUUCUCAGCUUUUUCACACCGGAUCAUAUGAGGAUUGACAUACUGUCGAAGUCUUUUGACAAGAAAUCACAAGCUAUUCAGUAUGAGCCUUGGUUUGGAUCACCUUAUACUGAGGAAGAUGUUCCUCCUUCUCUGCUUGAUGCCUGGAAGAAUUCAUCAGAAUUAGAUCCAUCUUUGCAUUUUCCUCUGAAGAAUGAGUUCAUUCCUUGUGACUUCUCACUUCGCAAUGCUGAUAUAUCAAAAUUUCUUGCAAGUAUUACUUAUCCAAAAUGCAUCAUUGACCAGCCACUUGUGAAAUUUUGGUACAAGAUUGACACAGCAUUCAAUGUUCCUCGUGCAAACACUUAUUUUUUGAUUACUCUGAAGGACGGAUAUAGCAGUGUAAAGAGCUGUGUUUUGACCGAGAUGUUUUUAAAUCUUCUCAAAGAUGAGCUGAAUGAAAUACUGUACCAGGCUGGUGUUGCAAAGCUUGAAACAUCUUUAUCAAUCGUUGGUGACAGUCUUGAGCUCAAGCUCUACGGUUUCAAUGAUAAACUAUCUACCUUACUAGCAAAAAUUUUGACUCUAUCAAAAUCCUUCUCACCAAAACUUGAUCGCUUUGAGGUAAUCAAGGAAGAUAUGGAAAGAUCCUACAGAAAUGCCAAUAUCAAGCCAUCGAAUCAUUCAACCUACUUGAGAUUACAAGUGUUGCGUGAAUGUUUCUGGGAUGUAGAUGAUAAGCUGGCCUGCCUAGUCAACUUGCCUCUUUCUGAUUUAGAGGCUUUUAUUCCUACUCUUUUAUCACAGUUGCAUAUCGAAGGCCUCUGCCAUGGGAAUCUAUCAGAAGAAGAGGCAGUCAAUAUAUCAGAAAUAUUUGCUACAAUUUUUCCUGUAAAACCACUGCCUGUGGAGCUGCGACAUCAAACACGUGUUCUUCAACUUCCAUCAGGAGCAAACCUUGUCAGAAGUGUUUGUGUGAAAAAUGAGCUAGAAGUGAACUCCAUAGCUGAGCUUUAUUUCCAAAUUGAACAAGACAAGGGAAGAGAAACAACGAGAUUGCGGGCCAUCACAGAUCUAUUUAGCAAUAUUGUUGAAGAACCAUGUUUCAAUCAAUUAAGGACAAAGGAGCAACUUGGUUAUGUUGUUGAGAGUGGUCCGCGGAUGACAUACCGUGUUUUAGGAUUUUGUUUUCGUGUUCAAUCGUCAGAGUAUGGUCCACUUCAUUUGCACAGAAGAAUUCAAAACUUUAUGAACAAUAUCCCUCAGCUAUUGGAUGAGCUUGAUGAUGAAUCUUAUGAAAACCAUAGGACAGGGCUAAUAGCAGAGAAGUUGGAAAAGGACCCAUCACUUUCAUAUGAAACUGGGCAUUACUGGAAUCAAAUCACGUGCAAGAGGUAUCUAUUUGACAUGUCAAAAUUGGAAGCAGAGGAGCUAAGAACAAUUCAAAAGGCUGAUGUUAUUAACUGGUACAACACAUAUCUAAGAUUACCUUCUCCGAAGUGUCGCCAACUUGCUGUUCAUGUGUGGGGCUGCAAUGCCAGUAAGCACGAAGGAGUUGUGAAAAGUGAAGAGUUUGGAAAAGUAAUUGAAAAUGUUGAUUCCUUUAAAAGAGGUUCUGAAUUUUACUCUAGCCUCUGUUGAAAUGCACCACGGACUGCUAAUUGCUUUAAGGCCUUCAAAUUCUUGAGAACUUCUCAGGUAUUUAUUCAGAAAUUCAGAAAUUUAAGAUCUAUAAGUCCAUUUUCAAGAUACUAUUCAUUUAGGAAGAUGUGUAAUAAACUGUUUUGAUUUAUAUUCUUGUGUACAUUGAAAAAUGAAUAGCUGAAAAUUGUCGAAUGCAAAUUGAUGAAUCAAUUUUACCUGUCGAAGUAUAGUUAA